AUGACGCAAGUCGGACAAUGUGGGGCUGCACGUCGGGUCGGUGGUGCAUUGAGCAAAGAGCAAAUCUUGCAGAUCCCCGUCGGAAUUAUCGAUAACGCAGAUGCCGAGAUCGCCACCGAUGGCGCUGCAUCCGUGGAGUUGGCUUUUACAUUCGCUCUAUGCUUCGAUAAUAAGCCAUAG